AUGGAGAGCAGCAGAGACCAUGGCCGCGUCCUCAAGCAGCUACCGUCAUGGACGCCGGCGGGCCACAACUUUAGCCUGGCCGGCUGCUUCCCGUGGCCGCCGCCGCAGAGGUCGCUGUCGUCGUCGUCCUACACCUGCGGCUACUGCCGGAGGGAGUUCCGGUCGGCGCAGGCGCUGGGUGGCCACAUGAACGUCCACCGGAGGGACAGGGCCAGGCUCAGGCAGUGCUGCCCGGCGUACCCUUCUCCCCUUCCAAGCUCGAACCCGCAGGCUGCUCCCCACCAGCACAGGGCUCCGCUGCCCAACCUCAACUACUCGCCGCCACACUGCGCCGCCGCGCCCGCGGCCACGGCCGAGCCGGUGAUCUACAGCUUCUUCUCAACGACGACGUCGACGACGACGGUCGCUGCGGCGGCGGCGGCCCUUCAGGUGAGCUUGGAGCUGGGGAUUGGUGUCUACGGCCGCGGCGGCGGUGCCGUGGAGGAGGAGGGGUUGGAUCUUGAGCUCAGGCUUGGAUGUGCCUGGGAGUGA